GCGGGGAGGAGCAGAAAGAGAAAGGUGCAGGGUGGCUGUCUGCGCCCGGAGAUAUGGCUCUGCUCCGUGGGGACUCGCAGGACAAGCUGAGGUCUGUAUCUGUAGACCUGAAUGUUGAUCCUUCUCUCCAAAUUGAUAUCCCUGAUGCCCUCAGUGAAAAGGACAGAGUGAAGUUCACUGUGCACACUAAGACUACGCUGCCAGCUUUUCAAAGCCCUGAGUUUUCAGUUACAAGGCAGCACGAAGACUUUGUGUGGUUACAUGAUACGCUCACUGAAACUGAGGAGUAUGCAGGACUCAUUAUACCUCCAGCACCUUCAAAGCCUGACUUUGAUGGUCCCAGAGAGAAGAUGCAGAAGCUGGGGGAAGGAGAGGUGUCCAUGACAAAAGAAGAGUUUGCCAAAAUGAAGCAAGAGCUGGAAGCUGAAUACCUCGCUGUCUUCAAGAAGACUGUCUCAUCACAUGAGAUCUUCCUGCAGCGGAUUGCUUCUCAUCCUGUGCUCAGCAAGGAUCGCAAUUUCCAUGUUUUCCUGGAGUAUGACCAGGACCUGAGUGUGCGGAGGAAAAACACUAAAGAGAUGUUUGGUGGCUUUUUAAAAAGUGUAGUAAAGAGUGCUGAUGAAGUCCUCUUCUCUGGAGUCAAGGAAGUAGAAGAUUUUUUUGAGCAAGAGAAGACUUUUCUUGUGAACUACUACAACAGAAUCAAGGAUGCAUGUGCAAAAGCAGAUAAGAUGACAAGAUCUCAUAAAAAUGUUGCAGAUGACUAUAUUUAUACUUCAGCUUGUUUGAACAGCCUGGCAUUAGAAGAGCCUACAGUUAUCAAAAAGUACUUGUUGAAAGUUGCAGAGCUCUUUGAGAAACUCAGGAAGGUAGAGAGUAGAGUUUCAUCUGAUGAAGACUUAAAGCUCUCUGAACUGUUGAGAUACUACAUGCUCAAUAUAGAAGCUGCUAAGGAUCUUCUGUACAGGCGAACCCGGGCUCUUGUUGACUAUGAGAACUCGAACAAAGCUCUAGACAAAGCCAGACUAAAGAGCAAGGACGUCAGGCUGGCUGAGGCACAUCAACAGGAUUGCUGUCAGAAGUUUGAAAAGAUUUCAGAAUCUGCUAAACAAGAACUGAUGAGCUUCAAACAGAAGAGAAUAGCAGCAUUCCGUAAAAACUUAAUUGAAAUGGCAGAACUGGAAAUAAAACAUGCAAAGAACAAUGUGUCUCUCCUGCAGAGCUGUAUUGACUUGUUCAAGAACUGAGGAGUCCUACUCUGAAAAUGUGACAAAAGCAUCAAUUGCA